AUGAGUUGUCGCAAGUUGAAGCUUCUUUCACAGGGCCCCGUGGCGAGGUUCAGUUCAGUGACUUCUGGUCUGGCCGUCUAUGCCAAGAUCAUUACAGCGGACGAGCCAUCCAUCUGCAAGGCUUUAGAAUCCCACAACCCCGGCAGUCAUCGUAUUGUCACGCCACCGUACCCCAUCCAGCGCUUAGGAGAAUCCGAUCUCUACAUGCUCGUCGCUCCGAACUAUGGAGAUUACUUUAUUCUAGGUACCGAUGAAAGCAUCAUUCGCGUGUCUCUGGGGCUUUGUGAGGCUCUCUCCUUUCUCCAUUCUCAUCACAUCGCACACCUCGACGUCAAGUUUCCAAACAUUGCACUUGAUCGUACUACGGAGACUCUUACCCUUAUCGACCUUGGAGGGGCCAUGCAGAUCUUUGUUUCAGAGGGCAAGGAGCCUUUAGUAAACUGUGGAUUGGGCGAUUCCGUUACGCCCGAAGUACAACAGUGGUAUACGGACCCAGACAUUGCCCGUCCUCAGAAUCCCUACAAAGCGGAUGUGUGGGCAGCUGGCAACAUCAUCGAGCAUAUAUCGAAUGACACUUCCACGGCAAUGAUGGUCGGUCGAUUUGGAAAGUGGAUGCAGGAGGCCCGACCGCUGAUUGGCGUUGCGAUCCAGCAAGCCAGAUUAGAGGAGUGGCAGCCGGCCACCCAAGCCUUCAAGGACGGAGCAGUUGGAGAACUUUCAUACCCCAUUAUUAGCAAGUCGGUCACAGCUCAUUGA